ACUGAGAGGAAAGUCCUGCGCUAGUCCAAAAGCCUCAGACACUCACACACACACACAUCUAGGAGCAAGAAGAAGAAGAAGAAGACGGGGUACCUCAGAAGUCGAAACAGCUAAGACGCGUAUGGUUCAUUUCGUGCUGACUCACAUCUCUUUAAUUCCGAACACAUCCUGUGUGUGUGUGUGUGCGCGCGCGUGUGCGUUGACACGCCGUUGUGGGUGAAUUAUAGUAGCUCGUAAUGCGUCACUCGGGCUGAUGCGCGCGCUGCAGCACUGAGCUGCGUUGGUCAUCGCGCGGCGUCCCGUCCCAGCUCCAGUCCCGCUCCAGUCCCAGCUCGAGUCCAGCUCUCUCACCGCACCGCUCCGGUGGACUCUUAUCAUCUCUUCCUCCACUCCGCUGCUAUCGCGCUGACUUAAAACCCCUCACAUCUCCCUCCUUUUCCUUCAAGGCGAAAGCGCUGCAGAGAGCAUGUCAGCGCCAGCUCCAGAUGCUGCAGCUCCUGCAGGAGCUCCCGGAGCGCCUGGUGCUCCCGGGGCAGAAGGAGCACCAGGCCCUCCUGCCCCUCCUCCCAACACCAGCAGCAAUCGUCGACUACAGCAGACACAGGCGCAGGUGGAAGAGGUUGUUGAUAUUAUGCGUGUGAAUGUGGAUAAAGUCUUGGAGCGGGACCAGAAACUGUCAGAGCUGGACGAUAGGGCUGAUGCAUUGCAGGCUGGAGCCUCUCAGUUUGAGAGCUGUGCUGCCAAGCUGAAGAACAAGUACUGGUGGAAGAACUGUAAGAUGAUGAUUAUGAUGGGUAUUAUUGGAGUCAUAGUGGUCGGAAUAAUCUUCUUGUAUUUCUUCUCAUGAGCUCACCCAGCUGACAUACAUAAGAAAACCAGUUAAUGGAGGCAGAAGAACAAAAAAGCAUUAUGAAAAGCCCACUCAUAAAGUCCAUGCCUCAUCCUCUUCCUUUUCUCUUUUUACUAUCAAGGUCUCUCAUUCCAGCCAUCUGCUACUUUUCAAUGUGACACUAGUCAUCAGAGUCACAAGCGUCCUGUUCUCCCUUAAUCUGCUAUGCUGUUCAUUGAUUUUUCAUUAUGAUUUUCUCUAGCUUGCUGUUUUAGAAACUCUGAGAUUCUACACAAACCCAUGCAUGCAUGCAGAUGGACAUAGACCAUGCAUGUUUGUGUGAUUAGUUCGAGAAAGGGUGGGAUGCUGUGAACUGCUGUUGCAAGGGUGUGACAGGGAAUGUAGGAGAAUGUGCAUAAAAAGAGGGAUGAAGAAAUCAAAGACAUGAAGGCCACACUCCCCUUUCUACUUCUAAGGCCAAAGUGUCCUCAGCUGACUUUUUAAAGUCUUUGGGAAUUUCUCAGAUCUAUAAAUCAGCAUAUAUACAACUUGUUCUUUCCUACUGUCAUAAUGUUUAUAGCUAUCACCCUACCUGCUUGUAUCUAUUAGUGUCAACAUAAGAUACAUGAGAAGAAAUUUAACCUACUUUUAUUGUGUAUGUGUAAUUGUUGUUGCAAGCAUUGCCUAUAGAAACCAUUUUUCUCAGAUAUAAUUAGAAAUAUUCCAUUCAUUUGUUUGCUGUAUAACAAAUAAGCAGGCAGACAAUAGAAAUAAAAAGGGAGAUGUGAAGAGGGAUGUAAGGGGGAAAAUGUUGGGACAGUCAUGCGCACACAUGCAAAUACACAGAAACACACACACACACACACACACACACACACACACAAGGCAUGGAUAUAUACACAUUGCAGACUUAUACUGUAUGUCAGCUAAAAGACAAAUCAGUAAUUCCUAACAAAACAAAACAAAAAAAAUUUUACAUAUAAACUGACUUACACAAACCAAACCACACAUGUCAAUCAGGCCAACAUUCAUCAGGCCAGUAUUAUCCAUUAUUUGUGUCUAAGGACUUGCAUGGAAGAAUGGACACAUUGUAAGAAUCAUCAUAUCUCUUACUGCCUAAUGUGUACAGGCCAAAUAGGACCAUGUCAUCGCUUCCAUGAAAUCUCUUCAGUGUAAAAAACAUAAGAUCUGUGAGCCUGCCAAAACAUACAAUGACCUGCUACAUUUCUGAGAAAAUGUAAUGAGGAAAAAAAACAAGUUGUUUGACUUGCCAUGUAGUACGCUAUUUUAAAUCAAAUGUCCUUAAUAUACAUAAAUUUUAUUAUUUUUCUAUGCAGUGCAAAUGCAAGAGCUUUCGGUUUCCAUUUCGCUGGUGGAUUUAAAGAGAUUGUAUGGCGCAUUCUUAAAUGUAAAUGCCAUUUAUAAAAAGUUUAUCACUGACUAAUAAUAAAGCAGAUAACUUAUGACUAUUUAGAGAAUUUAGAAGCAUGCCUAUUUGCUCUAACCCCUUUGCGGAUGCCAAUAAAGAAAUUUAAAAAGCA